CCCUCACUAAGCCUACGCUGACCCUUCUGCUGCAAUGCCCUAAGGACCCUCUGGCUGACUUCACUUUGCCCUUCUCUUCUCCCUGACUUUCCGGCAUCAGAGAAACAUACUGGACCCCACUCCUGAGCCUUUUUCUUCUUUCCUGGGAACUGUGAGAGGAUCUUUCUUUGGGCUCCCAACUUGAGCUGAAGAAUGAAAAACCUGGUGGUGGACCCUUCAAAUAAAUUCAAUAAUUCCCUGGAUGCUUUUGAGCAAUGUGGCAAAGAAACACCCUUGGAAAAUGUUCUUUUUGCCUCCUUCUAUCUUCUGGAUUUCAUCCUGGCCUUUACUGGCAAUACUCUUGCCCUCUGGCUCUUUAUCCGGGACCAAAAGUCAGGCACCCCCGCCAACGUUUUUCUGAUGCAUCUUGCUGUGGCCGAUUUGUCAUUUGUGCUGGUGCUUCCCACCCGACUUGUGUAUCACUUUUCUGGAAACCACUGGCCAUUUGGGGAAAUCCCAUGCCGCCUUACCGGGUUCCUCUUCUACCUCAACAUGUACGCCAGCAUCUACUUCCUCACGUGCAUCAGUGUUGACCGCUUCCUCGCCAUAGUGCACCCCAUCAAGUCCAUCAAACUCCGCAGGCCUCUCUAUGCCCACCUGGCCUGCGCCUUCCUCUGGGUGGUGGUAGCCGUGGCCAUGGCCCCGCUGCUGGUCAGUGCUCAGACGGCGGAGGUGAACAGCACGACCGUGUGCCUACAGCUCUACCGGGAGAAGGCCUCACGGAAUGCUCUGGUGUCCCUGGCCGUGGCAUUUACCUUCCCCUUUGUCACCACCGUCACCUGCUACCUGCUGAUCAUUCGGAAUUUGCGCAGCGGCCACCGGGUGGAGAAACACCUCAAGGACAAAGCCAUUAAGAUGAUCAUCAUGGUGCUCAUGAUCUUCCUGGUGUGCUUCGUGCCGUACCACGUCAACCGAUACAUCUACGUCCUGCAGUACGAUGGCACCCGGGCCUCUUGUGAGGCCCAGCGGGUCUUGGCCCUCAGCAACCGCAUCACGUCCUGCCUCACUAGCCUCAAUGGUGCCCUGGACCCUGUCAUGUAUUUUUUUGUGGCUGAGAAGUUUCGUGAUGCUUUGUGUAACUUGCUUUGUGGCAAAAGGGCCAUGACCCUACCACCAAGUUUUGAGGGAAAGACAAAUGAGAGUUCCCUGAGUGCUAAAUCUGAACUGUGAAAGAGACAUCCAGACUUAAAACGCUGCCUCUCUGUGCUGAUUACGUGUGCCUCAGUGGCAGACUGUCUUCCUGUGCAGAGACCUUCCAUUGGAGCUCUCCAUAUGUCAAAAUAGAAGAAAUCUAGCUUCUUCCACACAAGCCAACCACCCACCUACUGAGAAAACAAGACUUAAAUAUUGGCAGACCACUCAUAUCCCACUUGGACACCUGAACAGCAGCUUCACCCGUUGCUCAGUUUCUAACAAGCUCUUACAUUUCUGAAAAGCAAGGACUAACAUGUAAUCAAACCAAGACACCUUCCCCCUCAGAAGAAAAAUUUUCAGCUAUGCUUAUUUACUGUUACUAGAUACCCUAAUGAUCUCAGCCUAGAUACAGGGAGGAGGGACACGAAAAUUGGAGAACAAUGAAAGUCUUUCUCUAAGCUCAAUGCUGACCGCUAAGCUACUGACCUCCUAUUAUGUUAAGGCAAGAGUGGGGGAGGCUAUUCUCCAAAGAAUCCAAGAAAAUGAUCCGAAAAUUGCUUGAGUGAAAGAGAGAGUUCCUUUAAAUGUCUGCUUUGAUGUCUGGGGGAAUGAGGGUGGGGGGAAGGAGUGGUGGGGAGGGAGGGAAGAAAUGCCGUAGUGUUCAUAUUAUCAGAUCCUUGAUUAUAGAUAUCACCAGCUUAGUUUAGUCAACACAGUGAUGUGGACUAUACUUGGUGGGUGAUUACAACUGAACUCACAGAGACCAAGUCAGGCUGGUCCCUAUGUGUAACCUAAACCAAUGGGAAACAACUUCUAUCUCUGUUCCAGAGACUUCCUGAUCUAACUUUUUUUAAAAACUGCUUAAAAUUCUUCUUUUUAACUUGUUCUGACAGUCUCUUUACAAUUUCCCAACAUGUGUCCUGUACCUCACAUAAGGGCCUGCAGCUGGCCUGACCACCUUGCUUGAGACCUGAACAAGGGAGCAAAACCAUGGCAUGGAAUGUGGAUGCCUUCAAUAGCAUGCACCCUCACUUCCAUUUGACUUCAAGGCCAUGAAAUCCAUGGGUUCUAUCAGCAAAACCAAGCGACCCUACCCAGCAUGCUUCUUUCUAGCCCCUGGAGAUCCCCAAGGGAACCCAAGGGAGUCUAUGCACCCUCCACAUUGUGUCCCACCUGUCAAAUUCACCUCUAUCUCCCCUUUGCCUUCCAUUUGUACAGUGAUCUUUCUUUUUUGGUAUCUGUAUAUGCCGAUUAUAAAUAUGCAUAGUUUUUUAAGUGUGAAGCUGUAUCAUGUUGUUUUAAUAAAAUUUCUCUCUUCCCUUUACUA